CGCUCCGCCAGAAACGGAGAACCCCGCCGCCGCCAUGGAGUGGAAACGACUGGCGUUGCUGUGCUGUGCCGCCACCGGCGUCCUGUUGGCGGUUCUGAGCCAGGCGGAGGGAGCCACGGUCCGGGUGGAGAAAGAUGGCGAGCCCCAUGAUACAGAAAGCAGCAAGAAGCGUGUUUUCAUGCCCGAGCCAGCUGCUUCGACCUUUCUGAAACGACGAGCCAGGCGAUCCACCAUGGCUGAGCUGGCGGCGGAAAAUCAACAGAGGCUCGCUGCUGAUGAGCGAAGGAAGGAAUACCAUGAGGAACAGUUGAACGAAUGGGAGAAUUAUGUGGAGGAGGUGCAGGAUGAACAAUACGAAAGGAAUCGUGAAAGGGUUGAAUCAUGGCGUCAGUGGCAUUAUGAUGGUGUUUAUCCUCCCUAUCAAUACAACCAUUACUAUUAUUAAAAGAAUGUCACAA